AAUGUCAAAAAAGUGAAGCUGUUGUGCAUUCUGCUUUCACUAUACUUCGUUCGUUUGUUAGCGAUACUUUGGUGAAGAAUGUUUUGCUUGUUGAAUUGAUAGCUGUAUCAGUAAAAUUAGUGUAGCUAAUUAAAAAAAAAAAACAAAAACUUGCUUAACAUAUAAAACAUGAGUAAAAACAAACGCCGUUCGGGUGGCCCUUCCCCUAAAAUUGCUCGGCAAGCAGCGCCUCCGGUUGCAGAACCGAUGGAAGUGGACGUUGAAGAUGACGCUAAUCUUUCGGAGGACGAAGAAGGUGGAACUCGUGUCGGAGGUAUAUACAUUCCACCACCUGUGCCACCAUACUGUUCCACGGAGUGCAAGGGUCCUCGGCUGAUAAUAACCAAUAUUUCGAACUAUAAUUUCAAAAGCUAUGCGGGGCACGUAAUGUUGGGCCCAUUUCAUCAACGUUUCUCUGCUAUUAUUGGACCGAAUGGUAGCGGUAAAAGCAACGUAAUUGAUUCUAUGCUUUUUGUUUUUGGUUAUCGCGCCCAGAAAAUUCGAUCUAAAAAGCUAUCUGUGCUAUUACAUAGUUCUUCAAAGCAUCCUAAUACAAACAGUUGCACCGUGGGGGUUCACUUCCAACAGAUUUUGGACCGAGAUGAUGGGUCGUUCGAGGUUGUGCCGAAUUCGGAGUUCGUCGUAGCGAGAACUGCAUCCCGUGAUAAUUCAUCCUUUUACACAAUAGAUAACAAGCGUGUGCACUUCCGUGAGGUUUCAAAAUUAUUGAAACAACAUGGAAUCGAUUUAGAUCAUAAUCGUUUCCUGAUCCUGCAAGGUGAAGUAGAAUCGAUUUCAAUGAUGAAACCGAAAGCUUUAACGGAAGCAGAUUGCGGUUUGCUGGAAUAUUUGGAAGAUAUUGUUGGGACUACACGGUAUAAGCAGCCUCUGGUUAAAAUUAACGAACGCGUUGAAUCGUUGAAUGAAGAGCGAACUGAAAAACAUAAUCGGUGUAAAUUGGCCGAGAGAGAAAUGAAAGACCUGGAGAAGCCGAUGACGGAAGCUGUUGAGUACUUGAAGCUGGAAAACGCACUCACAAGAACAAAAAACCAACAGAUCCAAAAGUAUCUUAGCGACCAGCGAAAAAAGAUUGCAGAGCUAGACGGUGAACGUGAGCAAGCUAACGAUAUUUUAAAAAAACAUGACGAUACGUAUGAGGCUCUGAAGAAAGAACGAAUAGAAAAAGAAAAUUUGGUUAAAGAGGAAAUUAAACAAUAUGAAGGUUUAGUAAAACAAAAAGAAGACAAGGAAUCAAGCCUGAAAGCUUCUUUAGAUAAAUACACCAAGAUUCAGGCCAACAUGAAGGCAACGAAUGAACGUCGGAAAAAGACAAAAAAUCAAAUUGAAACAGAGAAAACCAAGUUAAAUGAACUUAAACAAAUUCCGGAGAAAAAUGCCAAAGAAAUUACCGAAUCAGAGAAGAAAAUUGAAUCAUUGACCAGGCAGAAAACGGACAUCGAAGCGAAACUCGCUGAAAACUUAGUUACGCUAAAGGAUGAGACAAAAGGUUUGCUGGAUGAAAAAGAAAAACUUCAAACGGAACUGGUUGACCUUAAACGAGUUGUUGACGAAAGCAAAUCGGCCUUAUCCUUGGCAGAAUCCGAACUCAAAAUUUGUCAGCAUAACGAGACAACCGAAAAGCGAAAGCUAGAAACAUUAAAAUAUUCAUAUGAAGAUUCAAACAAAUCUCACGAGGAAAAACGCGUCCGUUUGCAGGAACUGGAACAAGGUUUGCCACAGCUGCGAGUCGAUCUACAAACGGCUCAAGGUAAACUACAGGAAAAUGUGACAGAAGAAAAAGAAUUGCGCCAGCAGUUACGUACGGUGCAGGCUAAAUUGCAGGAAUCGAUGCAGGCAAUGCAGGCAACCCGUUCGCAGGGCAAAGUGCUGGAUGCUUUGAUGAAACAAAAAGCAGAGGGCCGUAUUCCUGGUAUUCUUGGUCGACUGGGUAACCUGGGCGGUAUCGAUACCAAGUAUGAUGUAGCCAUUUCAACCUGCUGCGGACAGCUGGAUUUCAUUGUCGUUGAGAAGGUUAAUGACGCUCAGGCUUGCAUAGAUUUUCUCAAAAAGCACGACAUAGGUCGCGCAUCCUUCAUUGCGUUGGAAAAGAUUCAACAGUACGAGCAGUAUUGCCAUAAUCGGAUUCAAACACCUGAAAACGUACCGCGUUUGUUUGACUUAGUUCGCGUCGAGGACGAACGCGUCCUGCCUGCGUUUUAUUUCGCUCUUCGGGAUACUCUGGUUGCAGAUAAUCUCGACCAGGGCCAACGCAUUGCUUAUGGUGCGAAGCGCUAUCGGGUAGUGACCCUCAAUGGUGAUGUCAUAGAAACGUCCGGCACAAUGUCUGGAGGUGGUCGGUCAAUGCAACGUGGCCGCAUGGGCACCAAAGUGCAGACAAAAACAUCCGCUUCUGACACACCGAAGUCAAACAAAGAAGUUGAACAACUUCAGGUGAAAGCGGAAGAAAUUCAAUCACAAAUCAACUUUCUUCAGGAACAGCAAGGUACACUAGAGCACGAUAUUCAGAAACUUACGGCUCAACUCAAAAAUCAGGAGAACGAGAUCAAACGGUUACGGAUGGAUGUGACCAGUCUGGCAGAACAGUUACCGCGCCUGAAAGAACAGGUCGAACGGCAGGAGGCUCGUGUCGCCCAAACUCACUCUGACCCAGAAAAGGUGCGAGAUCUUGAAGCAAAGGUGAAACAAUGUAAAGAUGCUCACAAAACCUCAAGUGAUGCUGCAAACUCUAUCCAGAAAAAAGUGGACUUGGUAACUGCUAGAAUAACAGAUAUCACCAAUAGCAAGGUCAAAGACCUGCAAACCAAGAUUACCAACUUGACGAAGCAAAUCGAUAAAUUGACGACAAAUAUUUCCAAGCUGACGGUAGAAAUUAAAACGUCGGAGCGCAAUGUGAAAAAGACGGAGGACAAAAUCCAAAGCAUGGAAGAAGAAGUAAUCGCAGCAGAAACUGCUAUACGCCAGGGUAACGAAGAGCGGGAGAAAUCGGAAGAGUGGUCUACGCAAUUGAAGCAGCAAAUCGACGAACUGCGGGUGGAAAUCGAAAAAGCCCACGAGGGAUCCUCUAGUAUUAAGAAAGAGAUUGUUGCGAUACAGAAAAAAGAAUCCGAAGGCAAAAUGAAACGGCUAGAGUUUGAGCAGAUAGUGCAGUCAAUCGAGAAGAAGUUAAACGAAGCUAAGGAUACCAUUCCGCACUGGAAAAAUAAGUUGAAACCGCUUAAACUUCACGAGAUUCCAGGAGAACCUGUUCCGGAACCACUAAAGGAAUAUUCUGAAGAAGAAUUAGACGGUUACAAGCUCACUGAUCUGCAGUAUCAACUUUCCCUUCAGGAUGAAAAGCUUAACUCUAGCAAGCCAAACCUCUCGGUUAUCGAUGAGUUUCUUAAAAAACAGGAAGCAUAUUUGCAUCGCGUUGCCAUUCUAGAAGAAAUUACGGCCAAGCGAAACGAGAUGCGUCAGCUGUACGACGACGUGAGGAAAAAGCGAUUCACGGAGUUCAUGCAGGGUUUCCACAUCAUAACCAAGAAACUAAAAGAAAUGUACCAGAUGAUCACGCUGGGGGGUGAUGCAGAGCUCGAACUGGUCGAUUCGAUGGAUCCUUUCAAUGAAGGUAUCGUGUUUAGUGUGCGGCCGCCGAAAAAAUCGUGGAAAAUGAUCUCAAAUCUGUCCGGAGGAGAAAAGACACUUUCCUCACUGGCUUUAGUGUUUGCUCUGCAUUACUACAAACCUUCUCCGCUGUACGUGAUGGACGAAAUCGAUGCUGCGCUCGAUUUCAAAAAUGUGUCCAUUGUGGCUCAUUACAUUAAGGAGCGAACGAAAAAUGCCCAGUUCAUCAUCAUUUCGCUACGGUCAAAUAUGUUCGAACUGUCGGACUAUCUGGUUGGCAUUUACAAGGUAACGGACUGUACUAAUUCGGUAACGAUCAAGAAUGAUCCGCCGAAAUUUCUUCAUUCCGCUUCGCAACAGCAGCAUCAGACGUUUUCGUUCAACCCCAAUUUAAGCCUGCAAUCGGAUCCUGGGGCAGAGCAGGCUGUCGGUGAAAAAUCUAUGGAGGUUUCGGUCGAUGCCAAUUAAAAAAGUAUGAAGUGAAUGUAUUCAUUUGUGUGUAUUUAAUUUUCAUUUUGCUUAUUGACUACAACAUAUUAUUAUAGCUGUAAAGUUAAAUGUUCACAUAUCUUUGACAAUAAGUACUUUUUGUAUGACGAAUAA